UGUGUGUAUGUGUGUGUGUAUUAUGUGUGUGUGAGAAGCAGUUACCUCCAUAGUAAGAGUGUCGCUAACCACUGGAUUGUUAAAAACGACCAGCAAAAGUCAUCCUCGGGAGGAAACCACGCGCGGACUCCUUCUCGAGGAUCAGUUUUUUGUCUCUUUCCCCCGCAGCCUCGGUACAGGUUGAAGCGGUGCAGCCGGUGCAGAAGCGAGCAUUAUGCAUUCAGACUGCAGGCUGCUAUGGGCAGAGCGGUAAUGGUGGGCAGGGGACCGACAGGGGCCGGGGUUCUCGUCCUGUCGAUUCUCAUCAUUCUCACCACGGAGGGCUGUGGAGCUCAGCAAGGUGAUGGCUGUGGCCCCAGUGUACUUGGCCCCAGCAGUGGGACUCUGUCCUCUCUGGGUUACCCGGGGACAUACCCGAACAACACGGUGUGCGAGUGGGAGAUCAGCGUGCCGCGCGGCAGCAGGGUCCACUUUCGCUUCGCUGAGCUGGACAUAGAAGACAGCGACUGCCAGGUCAACUACCUCCGCCUCUACAACGGCAUCGGAUCUGAGAGGAGUGAGAUCGUGAAGUACUGCGGUUUGGGUCUGAAGGUCAAAGAGCUGAUCGAGUCCAAUGGCAGCCAGGUCACCGUCCAGUUCAUGAGUAGGAUGCACCACACCGGACGUGGAUUCUAUCUGUCUUACUCCACCACUGAACACACAGAUCUAAUCACCUGCCUGGACAAAGGCACUGAUUUCCCCGAGGCAGAGUUCAGUAAAUACUGCCCAGCGGGCUGCCUGACGUCUGCCGAGGAGAUUUCGGGAACAAUACCUAAUGGAUACAGAGAGUCGUCUCCUGUGUGUGUGGCCGCCGUCCAUGCAGGUGUGGUGUCCAACGCUGUGGGGGGGCGGAUCAGCGUGGUCAGCAGCAAAGGCAUCCCCCACUACGAGGCCACACUGGCUAACAAUGUCACUUCCACUGGAGGAACUUUGUCCAACAGCCUCUUCACCUUCAGGACCAACGGCUGCUAUGGGACGCUCGGCUUGGAGUCUGGUGGUGUUGCGGACACUCAGCUGUCUGCCUCCUCUGUGUGGGACUGGAACGGUGUGUGGGCAAAGUCUGGGGCGCGGCUUAAAAAGGCAGGGCUUCCCUGGGCAUCCUCUCACAGUGACCAGCAUCAGUGGCUGCAGGUUGAUCUCAAGAGGGAGAAGAGAAUAACAGGUAUCAUCACCACCGGCUCCACACUGAGAGAACACAAGUACUACACGUCAGCAUACCGGGUCCUGUACAGUAACAACGGCAAGCAGUGGUUCAGCUACAAAGAAGCAAAUUCUACACAAGACAAGAUUUUCCAAGGCAACAUCAACUACCUGCACGAGGUGAGGAAUAACUUCAUUCCUCCGAUCGAGGCCCGGCAUGUGAAGAUAAAUCCCACCCUAUGGCACCAGAGAAUCGCGCUCAAGCUGGAGCUGCUUGGCUGCCAAAUUCCUGCAGCGAGGCCAGAACCGAGGACAAGGAUGUUGCCCCCAUCUCGUCACACUCCACCUCCUGCUGGUACAAAGCGACCACCUCAUCUUGGCCAAACCACACACACCCCCGACAUCAGAAACACCACUAUGCCUCCUCACACCGGCAAAGAGGUGGCGCUGGCAGCGGUUCUGGUGCCCGUGUUGGUCAUGGUUCUGACUGCUCUCAUCCUGAUUGCGAUUUGUGCUUGGCACUGUAAGAACAGAAAAAAGAGCUCUGAAGGAACGUAUGAUCUUCCUCACUGGGACCGCACAGACUGGUGGAAAAGCAUGAAGCAGCUGUUGCCAUCCAAGAUGGUUGAGACGGAGGAUUCAGUUCGGUACAGCAGCAGUGAGGUGGGCCGGCUGACAGGGAGAGGUGCUGUCCCCAGACUACACGCUGAACCUGCAGAAUAUGCUCAGCCCCUGGUGAGUGGCGUUACAACUUUAGGUGCGCGGUCAACCUUUAAACCAGACGAGGGGCCCGACCCAGGAUACUCAGAUCCCGACCUGUACGACGCUCCCAUCUCACCGGACGUGUACCACGCCUACGCAGAACCCUUACCCGCCUCGGGAUCUGAAUACGCCACACCCAUUGUGGUAGAUAUGGGUUGCCACCCAUCAGGGGGCUCCUCUUUGAGCCAGCCCUCCACAGUGUGCAGUUUCAUGAGUGGCGGGCCGGCCACCCUGCUCACACGGACAGACAGCAGCCAAUCAGGGAGGUCGGCUUACGAUACACCCAAGAACGCCACUGGACAGGUCACGCCCACUGAGGAUCUGACCUAUCAGGUACCUCAGAGUAGCACUCAGAAGCAAACAGGAAAGAGCUGAAGAGUCUGGAUGCACAUGGCCUUAAUCUGCCCCUCACUGACAACACAACCCGACAGACUGAGAUAAAUGGAGGGUUGUUGACGCAGGAGGAGGUGUGAACCUGUGAGCCCUGGAGCCUGGGCUCGAGUCUUGAAUGCACACUACCUUAGCUUUAGGUUCAUCUGGAGAUGUCUGUAUUACCUAAAUGUUUCUGCAUGGCCACAAUCUGCUUGAGUAGUGCCAUUACAGUCCUAUCACUGAAACCACAAAGAUGAAUGUGCUUGUGCCAGGUGUGAGAGGCGGCGGAGGAGGUGGAGGGAGGGAGAGAGGAUGAAAAGGAGAAAGCUGACUACUAUUUGAUAAAGACUUUGUCCCUGUUCUGUGAUCCUUAGUAGUUCUUGCCUUCUGUGAAACUGUGAUUUCCAUUAUUCUUCUGUUACAUACUGAAUUAACUGAAAUGUACCUGAUGAUUUACAUUCAUCAAAUUUAAAAGGGUUCUCUUACUGAAUUAACUGCAUGUUGCAUUAAGUACCCCACAUCCAAGGUCAAAGAAUUCCUCCUUUUUUCUUUUUCUUUUUUUUUUAGAGAGAGAGAAACUAGUUUUCCACGGUACGUUUUUGUCUUACUUUGUUUAAAAAGCAUGACUUGAAAUUGUGUAUAGUUCUAGUAAUCCCAUUACUGCAAACCUGUUAAAACUCUCAGAUGAUUUACUGAUAUUUAUUUUUAUUUCACAUCCUGCUGAUGAGGGGAAACUCUUAUUAAAAAAUAGCCCACCACUACCCUCGCUGAUUACUCAUCAAAGAAUUGUGGUUGCACUGUUGUGGACACCUUACUGACAAUAGAGUGCUGCAGGGAGUGAACUGUUUUCAGGCCCACCUGGAAGUUGGCAUCGGCCUGGUUCCCUUGACAAAAAGGCAAAUAAAAGUUUGACACUUGCAGGUUUUGUUGCAAGAUAA